GUACCCAAACAACCAGCUUUGUGCCUCUUUCUUUUUCACAAGCAUCACUAUUCAAAACCGUAACUAGUUUCUUCUUCUUCGAAUCUCGAACUGUAUUUUCAUCAUGUCGUCGAAGAGAAAGGUUAGGGAGCCAAAGGAAGAGACAGUGACUUUAGGUCCAGCUGUUAAGGAUGGUGAACAUGUUUUCGGUGUUGCUCGCAUUUUUGCUUCUUUCAACGAUACUUUCAUUCAUGUCACUGAUUUGUCUGGAAGGGAAACCCUUGUUCGAAUCACUGGUGGAAUGAAGGUUAAAGCUGACAGAGAUGAGUCAUCUCCCUAUGCAGCUAUGCUUGCAGCCCAAGAUGUUGCUACAAGAUGCAAGGAGCUCGGUAUUACCGCACUUCACAUCAAGCUCCGUGCUACUGGUGGAAACAAGACCAAAACACCUGGCCCAGGUGCUCAAGCUGCUCUCCGUGCCCUUGCUCGUUCAGGAAUGAAAAUUGGCCGUAUAGAGGAUGUCACUCCUAUUCCUUCCGACAGCACCCGUAGAAAGAGUGGUAGAAGGGGUAGAAGGCUCUAGAUUCCUUAUGUUGUAUGGAGUUGUAUCUUUUACUUUCCAUGCCAAACAGAAUUGCGGCAUUUUGAAUUUUGAUUUUCAACAUCUAAACAUCAAGUAUUUAGUAAUGAUUAAGAAUGAGUUUAUUUUGACAUCAA